AUCUGACGUCACACAGUGACGUCGGAUUUGAUCUUCCAUAACAGCGUGCUGUGGUGGGGUGAGACUUGGGUGUACUGUAUUUGAACGCGGAUCAGCUUCGCUUUCUAAAGAUUCCAGAUAUGGCUUUAAGAAAUUCAGUUUUUCGUUUGCUCACCAAUUACCACAGAUGUGCUCCAAUUUCAAUAUCAAGAGCACAGGGAACUGCAGCUCAAAUUCAACCGGAGAUAGCGGACAAAAAAGCAGCUAAAACACCCAAGGUGCAGUUCAACUGGCGGGAUGCACUGGAUCUGGACGGGCUGCUGACGGAAGAAGAGAUAAUGAUUCGGGACUCAUUCCGCACUUACUGCCAGGAGAAACUCAUGCCCCGCAUCCUAAUGGCCAACAGAAAAGAGGUCUUCCACCGUGAUAUUAUUUCGGAGAUGGGUGAACUGGGAGUUCUGGGCCCAACCAUCACAGGGUAUGGCUGUGCAGGGACCAGCUACGUGGCCUACGGGCUGAUCGCCAGGGAAGUUGAAAGGGUGGACAGUGGGUACCGCUCGGUCAUGAGCGUACAGUCUUCGCUGGUCAUGCACCCCAUUAACGCCUACGGAACAGAGGAGCAGAAAGAGAAGUAUCUGCCAAGGCUAGCACGCGGAGAGAUUCUGGGCUGCUUUGGGCUGACGGAACCGAACCACGGCAGUGACCCCGGCAGCAUGGAAACCCGGGCCAAGUACAACCCCUCCAGCCGCACCUUCACCGUCUCCGGGGCCAAGACCUGGAUCACCAACUCUCCGGUUGCAGACGUCUGCGUGGUUUGGGCCAAGUGCGAGGACGGCCGGGUGCGAGGCUUCAUCCUGGAGCGCGGCAUGCCGGGCCUGACCACGCCCAAGAUCGAGGGCAAGUUCUCCCUGCGGGCGUCGGCCACGGGCAUGAUCGUGAUGGACGAGGUGGAGGUGCCAGAGGAGAACCUGCUGCCCAAAGUCUCUGGCCUGGCAGGUCCCUUCGGCUGUCUGAACAACGCUCGUUACGGCAUCGCCUGGGGCGCCCUGGGGGCCGCUGAGUUCUGUUUCCACGCUGCGCGCCAGUACACUCUGGACAGGAUACAGUUUGGUGUUCCCCUGGCCAGGAACCAGCUUAUGCAGAAGAAGAUGGCGGACAUGCUGACCGAGAUCACCAUCGGACUGCAGUCCUGUCUGCAGCUUGGCAGACUCAUCGAUGAGAAGAAGGCGGCCCCGGAGAUGAUCUCCAUGCUGAAGAGGAACAACUGCGGCAAGGCCUUGGACAUCGUCCGGCAGGCCAGGGAUAUGCUGGGUGGGAACGGCAUCGCAGACGAGUACCACAUCAUCCGCCACGUCAUGAACCUGGAGGCCGUCAACACCUACGAGGGCACCCACGACAUCCAUGCCCUGAUUUUAGGGAGAGCCAUCACCGGACUGCAGUCCUUCACAGUGGAGAAAUAGAUCCAACUGAGUGACCACUAAAAACCUGGAACUAAAUCUCGAUCUGAUUUUUGAGAAAGAGACGCUGAUGUAGUGAAAGCACAGUGUUGGAUUUCCAUGACACAGUGCCUUUUUCAUUUCAUCUUCAGAAUAGCAGGAGUGGUGGACAGCUUGUGCAGCUUGUGUCAGAAAAGGUUAAAGUUAAAGUGUGGGUUAUUGCAGAAGACACUUUCACAAAGGCAAUACUGUUGCAUAUCGUUACACUAGGAUUUCUGCUGGGGUAAUGUUUCACUGUGAAAAUUAACUAUUGGAAUAAUGACGGUACAUUUAAUUUAAACAGAUAUUUUAGAACUUGCAUAGAAAAUAUAUAAAAGCCGUGUUGGAAAAUUAUCUCUAAUAGUGAAAAUGGUAUCACAGAGAAAUGUUACAAUGGUUUUUGGUUAACAUUGUACAAACAAGGAAAUGAGUCUGAUGUUCUAAUUAUUAUAAUAAGUAACUAUAAGAGAGUGAUGACAAUCUAAGCAUUUAUUGUAUCCUGGGUGGACUGGUUACUGUUAAACAUUUUCACAAAUAAGUCUUUUUUUCACUUUACUGUUUCUGUUAUGAUGUAUGGACCUCAUGAUCUAACUAAUCUACCUCCCACUUAACUCAAGCAAUAAUGCUGUUUACUUUCAGUAAACGUUUUCUGUAAUUUAUUUUCCACAAUCAAACAACUGUGCUUCUUUUUGGUUUCGGGGAAUUGUCUGUUGCUCACCUAAUUUUACACUAGUCAGUAUUUUAUCAUUUUUCAGGUUUGAUAGGGGACUGCAAAAUCAACUUUAACUAUGUAGAAUUGGAAAAAGGAUGAAACAUAAAGGAACUGUUACAUUAAAAAGGUUCUGAAAACAA